AUGGCCAACAACCCCACCUCUGUAGUUAACCAUGUCCAUAGCCUACCCAAGACGUCGUCAAGAUGUAUCACAGAGAGCUUCACCGCGACGCACAAUUUCGAGGUAACCAAUUACCUUCAGCUGGACGGCAUGGGCGUCGGCAAGUUCGUUAGCUCAAGUACAUUCAGUGUUGCUGGCUACGAUUGGAGGAUCGACUUCUACCCGGACGGAUGCAAGGAGGAUUCUGCCGGCCAUGCGUCAGUCUUUCUGUAUUCUGUAAGCCGGGCAAAGGAUGUGAAAACCGAGUUUACCUUGAACAUACUGGGAAAAGAGGGCAAAGUACAGGCAAUCAAGUUCGGUUUGUGUAGGUUUGAGCAUGUCUUUUCGCCGCAAAGUGCCGAUUGGGGGUUGUCCAAAUUCGCUGAGAAAUCAAAGCUGAAAUCAUCGACCAACGCCAACGGUGGCUACCUGAUGAUACGAUGCGUUCUCACCGUUACAAAAGAGCCUCGAACCGUGGUUAACAGGAACCUUGUCGUGGUACCUCAGCCGAACCUGCAAGACCAUCUCAGGCACAUGUGGAAAGACGGACAAGAAGCAGACGUGACGUUCAGCGUGUGUGACCAACUGUUCCAUGCUCAUAGGUGUUUGCUGGCUGCAAGAUCUCCGGUUUUCAAGGCAGAACUGCUUGGUCCAAUGAUGGAGAAGUCAACACAGAGCAUCAAGGCUGUCGACAUCGAGCCCCCAAUCUUCGAGGCGCUUCUUCACUUUGUGUACACAGAUUCCAUACCUGAUGAUGAACUCUCUGUAGAUGGGAAAUCGGCAAGGCUUCAGCACUUGCUAGUCGCCGCAGAUCGAUACGGGCUAGAUAGGUUAAGGGUGCUUUGUGAAAGUAAGCUCUGUGAGAGCAUUGACGUGGAGACUGUCGCAACAACAUUGGUUUUAGCAGAGCAGCACCAUUGCAAGGAUCUCCAAGAAGCUUGUGUUGAGUUCAUUGCUCCACGGAAUGUGCUACCGGCUGUUAUGGCGACUGAUGGAUUCAAACAUCUGGUUGCAAGCUGUCCUCUGCUCAUGAAGGAAAUACUGGACAAAGUUUCCUGUAGCGAGUAG